GGAAAAGAUGGCGGCCGCCAUGGUGGCGGGGCUGGGCCGCAAGGCCCCGCGCUUCUGCUGGAAGGCUGCGGAGUCGCUGCUCCGUCCCGGGGCCGUCCCGUCCUGUGUCGUUGUGCCGGUGAGGGGCAGGAGGAAGCGCCCGCCGGUGCCCGAGUGGGCCCGGGAGCUGAGCCCUGAGGAGAGGGAGAGGAGGCUCAAGUCCGCGGCUCCCGUCUUCCCGGACGAGCGCAUAGAGCGCACAUUCUUCUUGGCCUGCACGGCUGAAAUCAUGGAUCCCUAUGUCCCUCCCGAGGGCGAUGCCCGCCUGACCUCGCUGUCCAAGGACGGUGUGAAGCAGCAGAUGCAGAAGCUGAGGCAAACAGCGGCGUCCCAGCUGGCCCUGCGGAAGAUCAAAGAUCAUGACCCGGAUUUCAGCACCAAAACUUUCCCUGAGAAAGCUCAGGAGAUAUUUAUUGAGGCCCACAACUCCCUGGCAAACUUUAACAAGCAGAAGCUUCACUCCCUGGUAACUGAGCGCUGUUACCCCGACAUGGUGCGUGGGAACAGGUACAGAACCAUCCGCUGGAGGUUUGUGGAGUCCCUGGAGCCCCCCAGGGUGGUGCACCUGCGCUGUGAGGGCGUCAUGAACCGGGGCAACCUCUACGGGCAGGUGACGGUGAGGAUGCACAGCCGCCAGAUUUUGGCCAUCUAUGACCGCUUUGGGCGGCUCAUGUAUGGUGGAGAGGAGAUUCCCAAGGAUGUUCUGGAAUAUGUUGUGUUUGAGAGGUACCUGGUGAACCCCUAUGGAACGUGGAGGAUGCAUGGGAAGAUUGUCCCAGAGUGGGCUCCACCCAAGGAUCCCAUCAUUAAGACGGUGAUGAUUCCUGGCCCAGCCCCGGAUCCCUCCGAGGAGCAUGAAAAAGUGAAGUAGAAAGUUCUGGAACGUGGACAGGGACGACAAACAGGCCGGGAGGGGGAGGAUUGGGAACGUGCUGGAUGUGACUGUGCCUUCCCUGGGAGCAAACUGGGGAAUGGGCUCCAGCCACUCCAGAUUUCAAGGAACCAGAGGGGCUGGGAGGGGGAUCUGGAGGAGCUCUGGAAGAGCUUGGCUCUGUCCCAGCACACUCUGUGUGCUUCAGCCUCACCCUCGCUGGGUUUCCCUGAGGAUGAGGAGCCUCAGGAGCAUCCACGGGCCACCCUCUGUCCUGGAAUUCCAUGGGAGAGCCCUUGGAAUAUUUGUCACCUCUAUGAGAGGUGCACAGACCUGCUGGUCAGUCAUUAAAACUUCACCAGUGGCUUUUAGCACAAGUGGUUUUUUUUUUUUUUUUUCCCCCAUCUCUUCUGAUUCCCAAACUCCUCUAUUUUUUUAAACAAAAACCAGGAAGGGUUUAAAUCGAGUUCUGUGGUGGAGGGGGUGGGUGCUGCCAUUGGAAUCUUCCAGAGGAGCUGCUGCACAGCUGAUAAUUGGAUUUAAUUUCACUUCUGGUUCCUCAGGAGGGGCUGGGGUUGGUGUUGGUGUUGGUGUCAGAGCUUGCACUGUCACUGAGGGACUGGCACCAUCCUGUGGACACGGUGACAUCUGCAGCUGUCCCUGCUUUUCCAGGAUGCCUGGGUUGGGAAAACACUUUUGGAUUUUUUUUUUUUUUUUUUUAUUUCCCAUGGUUGGGAAUAAACCUGUGAGGCUCCUGGUCAGCUCAGCCUGUUCUCCUCACUCACAACAAAAUCCUCCCUGCUCACCCAAGAACAAACCAUUUUCUCCUUUUUGUCCUGCUUUUUAACUCGGCCACUUGCAGAGCGUGGGAGAGUUCAGGGAAUUUUUGUUUCUUCCUUGAGGGGGAUUUUGCAGAGCUGUAAAAAGAGGAGGUGUGGCUCCUUUUUGCUUCUCGGUGUUCCUUUUGGGAGGGCAGGACCUCCUCGUUGUGCUGUGCUGGGAGAGGAGCCAGCAGUGGAAUCCCUGCCAUGGCCUUUGAGAAGUCACAGGGGUGUCAC